AUGGGUUGCGGAGGGUCUAAGCUGGAGCCAGAACAAGAGGCUAGGCUCCGACCGAUCCUCCGUCGGCGACUUGAAGAGUUCCUAACCAGAAGGAAUGGGGACAUCUCCAAGAAGCAACUCCUUCAAAACGACGGUGCCGUUUCUCAUGGUUCCGAAAGAGAAGAAGAAGGAGACGAAGAAGAAAUUAUUAUUAAUAAGGAAGAUAAAGCGCCUCGGCCUCCUAGUGCUUCUGAUGACGAUCAUUCCUCCCUUCUUAUAAAAGAUAACCCUCCUACCGAUCAAAAAAUUAAUAUUAUUUCACAAGUAUCAUUCCGUACGUUUUUAGAUGAUAAUGAGGAUAGUAGCAUUAUGAAAAAUUAUAAUAAUGAAAUCAAAUGUGAGGAUAAUAAAGGGGAUAAUAUUGAUAAUGAAGCAAAAAUAUUAUUAAAUGGUGUGGAAAAACCCAUGGGAUCAUCAAAAGAAGAAGAGGAUGAAUGCACAUUUGAUGAUCAUGAGAAAAUGGGCUACACUCCUGGCUCUCCAAGCUUUCGAGUUUAUUGUGUACAUUCUCUCGAUGAACAAGAAGAGCUUGAUGAUAAUGCAGGACAUCUUGACUCAGAAGAAUCUAUUGAUCACGAAGAUGAUACACAUUGGGCACGACAAGAAUCAUCUAGUUCAAAUAAGGUGGUAAUAGAAGAGAAGCCCAUUUUGAAGAAGCAUAAAAGAGGGAGGAAGUUUAAGAUGAUAGCAAUGCCAAAAGGAGGGAAACAUAAAUUUAACAUGAAUUCAUUUUAUCAGUUCCCUUGUAAUUCACAGAAUUCUCAUCUGGUUCAAGAAACAACUGCUUAA